AUGAUGGAGGUAAAGACAAAGGAGAUUGAAGCGCGCAUUAGAGAAGUUCAGUCAAAGAUUGAGCAAAACAUACAAUUAAAAGAAAAAGCGAUUCAAUUACGCAAAAUACUAAAGGAUCGCAAUGCUCAACUUCAAUGUGAUACUCAGAUAAGAGAAUGCCAGCGCUAUAUCGACUACUUUACUGAAGAACUACGUCGUUUGAAAGUAAGGGAAAGCCGUGCUUCUGUAAACAGCAAUUCCAAUUCUGAACCUCCCCCAGAUACUCCAAUGAUACUACCUAAUCAACCUUUGGUAUCUUCUCCUACCGAACCCCUUGAUGAGCCAUUAGACGACGACGAUAAGAAAUACACGAAUCUCGGUAACUACAAUAUAUGCAAUGAUCUUUUGGAAGCAGACACGCCUAUCAACAAAGCCAAGGUAUCUUUAAAACUACACGAGCUGGAAUACAAAGUAGACGUGGAGAAGAAAGUACAAGAGGGUAUACGUAAUCUAUAUCAACUUCUGGAGCAGUCUACAUCAGCAGCAGAUCGUCGACGAAAGACAGAGUUACAUGAAAAGCAGCUCGAAUGUCAAGAAAAGAUGACCUUGUUGAUCAAUGCAGUCAAGAAAUAUAAGGAUCUAUACUUGGGCGAAGACGAGGAAGGGAAAAUACUCGAUCAGUUCGAGACACGCAAGUUUGGUCUCUUGCCAGGUGCUCGUAAGCCUGUAACAGGUAAACUUCAGCUAAAGAUUCUCGAAGCACACGAGCUUGCACAUGCUCCUACUCGAUUAUUUCGCGAUCCACAAACAACCGUCAUGGUCAAGAUCGAUGGCAACAUCCAGUUCCGUACAAGGCCCUCCAAGAACGACAAGUGGACAGACUCGUUUGAGAUGUAUGUCGAUAAGGCGACUGAGGUCGAAUUGCUCAUCUAUGACCAAUCAGGCGACCGUACGCUGCCCAUAGGCUUGCUUUGGCUGAAAAUUUCCGAUAUUUCCGAGAGCUUGCGUAAGAAGAAGCUGGAAACAGAACAGGCUGAUCCAAAUUGGGUACCAGCCGAAGUUGCACAGCAGCAUGGUGAUGACAAUGCUUCCAUGAUUCAGCACAAGAAUAGCACAAGUAAGGCAAAGAAUGCGUCGGAUAAUAGUAUUUCAGCUUGGUUUGAUGUUGAACCUAUUGGACGUAUAUUCUUGGAGAUCAACUUUGUACGUGAAAAUGUCAAACGAAGGCCAAUGGAUAAACUUGGAAGAGCAGGUGCAGUAAGAGAAAGGAAAGGUGAAGUGCAUGAGAUGAAUGGUCAUCAGUUUGUGGCCAGACGCUUUUAUCACAUCAUGAAAUGUGCUCUAUGUGGAGAUUUUAUGGCCAAAGUGACGUUCCAAUGUGAAGACUGUAGUUUGGCAUGUCAUAGAAAAUGUUAUACUCAAGUCGUGACUCGGUGCAAAUCAAGAUUAACAUCUAAAUCCGCACACGAUGAAGAUGAGCUAAAGCAUCAUAUCCCGCAUAGAUUUGAAUCAUUAACCAUCAUCCUCGGCGCCAACUGGUGCUGUCACUGUGGAUUUAUGCUACCACUUGGAUUUAGAGGUGCUCAGAAAUGUACAGAAUGUGGAGUUGUUUGUCAUACAAAAUGUGCCCACUUCAUACCUGAUUUCUGUGGCAUGACCAUGGAAAAGGCCAAUCUGAUGAUAAGCGAAAUGAAAGCAGCCAACAAUCGCCGAAGAACAUUCCAUGAAGGCUCCUUGCAACAUGGUUUAGAUAAUCACCAAAGACCAUUGUUCUCUACUCCUUUGUUUAAUACCCAACCGUCACAACAACAACAACAACAACAUGACAAUAUUCAUUUACAAUCUUCACUAUCGACAUCUGCUGUACAUAAACUAAAUCCACUUUCAUCUCGCCCGUUAUCAUCAGUUUAUGACUCCAACUCAUUCCAAGCGAUAACUCAUCUUUUCAGUAGUCAAGCCUCUCUUGGCGAAAAGACAUCUUUGCCCCUGAGAACGCCAGUUCAGGUCAAUCGUAAGGUUGGCCUUGACGAUUUCAAUUUGCUGGCUGUGUUGGGCAAAGGUAACUUUGGAAAGGUUAUGCUUGCAGAGGAGAAAUAUACCAAUGAGCUAUAUGCUAUCAAGAUUCUCAAGAAAAGAUUUGUCCUGGACAAUGAUGAAGUGGAAAGCACGCGUUCUGAAAAACGCAUCUUCUUGACUGCAAACCAGGAGCGACAUCCUUUCUUGGUGAAUCUGCACUCCACUUUUCAGACAGAGACAAGAAUCUACUAUGUGAUGGAGUAUGUUAGUGGAGGUGAUCUCAUGCUUCACAUUCAGCGAGAACAGUUUUCAGAAGCUCGAGCCAAGUUCUAUGCUUGUGAGGUCUUAUUGGCACUUGAAUAUUUUCACAAGCACGGAAUUAUCUAUCGUGAUCUAAAACUUGAUAACAUUAUGCUAUGCUUGGAUGGACACAUUAAGUUGGCUGAUUAUGGUCUUUGUAAAGAAAAUAUGUGGGGUAAUAACACUACAAACACGUUUUGUGGAACUCCUGAAUUUAUGGCGCCUGAAAUACUGCUUGAGAAUCGUUAUGGACGCGCAGUAGAUUGGUGGGCAUUUGGUGUGCUGUUGUAUGAAAUGCUGCUGGGACAGUCACCAUUCAAAGGAGAAGACGAAGAUGAAAUAUUUGAUGCUGUGCUGGAAGAUAACAUCCUAUAUCCAAUCAACAUGUCCAAGAGUUCGGUUGCUAUUUGUGAAGCAUUGCUCGAGCGUAAUCCUCAAAGACGUCUUGGUGGUGGUAAAGGCGAUGCACAAGAAGUCAAGAAUCAUCCUUUCUUUGCUGGCGUCAAUUGGGAUGAUAUGUUAGCUAAACGUGUUCCUCCUCCGUUUAUACCUACUAUUACUGGUAGAGCAGACACUUCCAACUUUGAUGAAGAGUUUACCAGAGAAAUACCUAUUUUGACACCCGUAAACGCAAUGUUGACAUCAGAAGAGCAACAACAGUUUGCCAACUUUUCUUAUGUGGCCAAUUGGGCAGUAGGGAAAUAA